AUGAAGGCAAGAAAGAUGAAGAGGAAAUCAAAAGAUGGAAAUUCAGAGGAACUUCUUAUCAUAUAUUACUGUGAACUCAGGCGACCGGACGGAUGCACGCUAAUACCUUGGAGAGCCGGCAGAUGUUUGGCGUGGGAUGUUACGGUCCCUGGCACCCUCGCCGAACGAUACGUAAACCUGACAAGUAAAGAAUGCGGUUUGGCCGCGGCCAGGGCAGCGGACGAGAAAAUGAAAAAAUAUGGGAAUGCCCUCCCCUCGAUGGAAUUCUUGCCAAUAUGCAUCGAGGUUCUCGGCCCGAUAGACCCCAACACCCUUUAA